AUGACUAUUUCGGAAAUAGUGACCAGCGUCCUUAUUGUUGGAGCUGGUCCAGCAGGGGCUAACGUUGACAUUGUUCGUCUUAGAUUAUGUGCUGCACUAUGGCUGGCGCAGUUAGGAAUCGACUUUCGAAUUGUGGACAGAAGAUCAGAUCAGCCAAGAAAAGGACAGGCAGAUGGGCUCAACCCAAAGACCAUGGAGAUUUUCGAAGCGUUUGGCAUUCAUGAAAAAAUCACAAAGCGCUGGGAGCCUGGCACAGAUGAGAUGUUCUGGGUGCGAGGGAAAGAUGGGGAGUUGACAAGGAUGGAGAGACUGCGUAAAAAACAUCCACAUGGGGUCCGGUGGACACAUGGAACAUUGCAGCAGGGAACAGUUGAAGAGAUUAUGAAGAAGCGAAUGACCAAGAUCUCGGGCAUCACUGUCGACUACGACACAUCGCUUUCCACUUUGGAUAUUGAUACUUCUCGGGUUGGUUCCUUGGAAGCCUACCCCUGCACCGUUUUGCUUCAACAAGAAAGUGGUGGUGUUCCACAAAAGAAGCUAGUACAAUCAAAGUAUGUCAUCGGGGCGGAUGGAGGAAAGUCUACAACUAGAAACCUCCUGGGAUUCGACAUGCAGGGCGAGCGAGGCUCUUCGGUCUGGGGUGUUAUGGACUUUGUAGGGCGAUCUGACUUUCCAGACUUCGGGGCAACGUCAAUUAUCCGAAGUGAUGUCGACGGAGCCGUCGAUUUCGUUCGCCGCGAGGACGGUUUGGUACGCAUGUAUGUGGAACUGAAUAAGGGACCCGAAUGGGAAGGGCUCGACAGAGACCAAAUCACCGCUGAACUCAUCAUCAAAAAAUGCCAAUUUUUGCUGCGUCCGUACACCUUGCAUGUUGACGAAUGUGUUUGGUGGUCAGCCUUUACAGCAACACAGCGACUCAGCAGUGGAAUGAGCAGACAUCGCCGCGUUUUCCUCGUUGGGGAUGCAGUCCACACACACUCUCCUCUCACUGGAAUGGGAAUGAAUACAAGCUUGCAGGAUUCAUACAAUCUUGUGUGGAAGCUUAGAGGCGUCAUCAAAGGGCAGCUCAAGCCAGAAAUUCUCGAUACUUACGAUACCGAACGCCAAGUCGUUGCGAAGCAGCUACUCAAUGCCGAUCGAACAUGUUUGGAUUUAUUUGAAACUCCCAUCGGCUCCGAGGCCCCUUCCAUUCUGGAGAGAGCGGAAGAACUGAUAAUAUUUCUUGCGGGGCGAGGUAUUUGCUAUUCUGACCCGCUCUUGACGUCGCCAUCUGUUCGACAGAUUGGAUUGAAACCUGGUGAGAACCUGCCAGAGCAGGAACUCUUCAAUCACGCCACUGGAAGAGCUACUCAUCUGCACAAUGCUCUCAAGGCAGACGGGAGUUGGUGUCUCAUUGUUUACGCCGGUGACGCAUCAUCCCUCACUAAACGGUUGGGAGAUGAUAAACACUUUUCUGGUGCACUGUGCGCCGUGGAUAAGAUAAUUCUGGCGGAAUUCCCUGCAAUCUUCCCUCCCAUGCAUCGAGCGGCCGGUCAAGACUAUGGGAAAAUCUGUAUUGAUGAGACCAACGUCUAUGAAGAGGCUGGUCUGAACCAGAAAACCGGCGGAGUUGUUCUUGUGCGUCCGGACUGUUAUAUUGGCUGGGUUGGCACAUUGAGUGAUUUUGGUGGCCUCAAGGAAUACCUUUCGAGGAUAUUUCAGACUGGGUCCAAAAUUCACGAUGCACACACAAGUGCCUAG